CACAAAUUAUCCGGAACAAUGUGCUGUCCAGGUGCUGUCUGGUGCAUUCGCGUCGUGUUCUGAAUACUUAGAAUUGGUUAGAAUUCUAAUUUACACUAAAAGCAUUAAGUGACAGUUUUCCUAAUAAAUUCUUCUAGAUCGAUCAGGCUUUUGGACUGGGGUUUCUCUGGAACUCUUUGAUUUCAAGAAACCAGUGUCAAGGACCCUUAACUGACAUUUCACUUACGUGGUGCAGGUCUUCAGGCCCGAAUUCUUCAGGUUCUAAUCAUUAAGUCAAAGAGGAAAGUAGCAUUUACAUCAGCUUUUAAUUUUUCCCUUAGAACAAGAAAUGGGAAUGUCUCGGUUGGAAGUAAAUGUUAGACGAUUGUUAUCGCAAUGUGAGAAUAUGGCCAAAGAAGAUUCUCAAGACUGGAGACUUCAUAAGUAUAUUUCUGCAUUGGAUGAAAUGGUAUCUAGUCUUCAGAGUCAACCUGUAAAGCCAAACAAAGAAACAAUGUCAGAGUAUGUGAGAAGAGUUGAUUUCCUCAAAGGUCUCAGUGAAACCCAUAAGCUAAGUAAUCCUGUUGAAAAAGUUGUUGCCACUCAACUACUGUCUCAUGGGGCAGUAGCAUCCACAGAAACAGUUACCAAAGAGAUUCAUCAAAAAACAACAUCAAAAUAUACCAAGGAAUUGCGUGAUCAGCUCUUUCAAAGUGACAAAAGUUCUGAUGAAAUUAGACAGAGAAAACAAAAGACAACUGGCGAAGAUCUUGAUGCACUCUUUAAAUUUCACCAUUCAAUGCAAGAAAAAAUUGCAGAAGAUAUGUUAUCUUUAGCACGCAAUCUCAAAGAACAAUCCCAAUUAGCAGGUAGCAUUAUUAAAAAAGAUACAGAAACUGUAAAUAAGUCAUCAGUUAUGGCUGAUAAAAAUUUAUCAAGUCUUAAAGUUGAAUCAGAGAGGUUACAGGAACAUAGCAGACAUAUGGUGUUUUUUAUGCGUUUGAAGAAGAAAAAUUAUACCUAAAAGUUAAUAUGGCUGUAAAUGUAUAAUUCUAAAUAUGAAAUCAACAAUAAAUGUAUAUGGUAACAUUUUAUUGAAAAUGUACAUAUUUUAAAAAAUAUAAAUUAUUUGAUAUGAAUU